GUCUCGUCCAUCUAUCCUGUCAUCAACUUCUGUUCUGUCUGCUUUCUAACAAAGUACCUUUGUUUAUUGUUUGGGUAUCCUUAAGCAAAGGAAUUUAGUAAUGAAUCAUUUAAUAAAAUGAUUAAUGAAUACCUAAAGCGGACAUCUUACGACAACGAUGGACGAUUUGUAUAUUGCAGUCGUGUGUUCUUCAAAUAUGAAUCGCAGCAUGGAAGCUCACGCGUUUCUUGUGAAAAAAGGAUUUAAAGUUAAAUCAUUCGGAACAGGUGAAAAGGUUAAAUUGCCCGGAGCAUCUGCGGAUCGUCCGAAUUGUUAUGAUUUUGGUAUACCAUAUGAUGAUAUAUAUAACGACUUAAUGGAAAAGGACAAGGGAUACUACACUCAGAAUGGUUUACUGCACAUGCUUGACAGAAAUAGAAGAAUUAAGCCAUGUCCGGAAAAGUUCCAAGUAUCUACAGAGCGAUUUGAUGUUAUAGUAACAUGUGAAGAGAGAGUAUAUGACCAGGUUGUCGAAUGGUUUGGCUCUCGCAGAUCUGUUCAUAAUCAACCAGUGCAUGUGAUAAAUAUAGAUAUUCAAGAUAAUCAUGAAGAGGCCACAAUCGGGGCUUUUUUGAUUAGUGACAUGGUUACUAAAAUGGCACAAAGUGAAGAUUUGGACAAUGAUAUUGACGAGUUGUUACAUGAUUUUGAAGGAAAAUGUCAAAGACCAAUUUUAAAUUGUAUUAUGUUUUAUUGAUACAUAAUUUACAACAUAAACCAAUACAUAAAUUUAGAUGAAAUAGAAGUAUUGUGUUUGAUAUUAAAUUACAUUUAAAUUGUACUCAUAGGUGUCUUCUAUUACACAUUGGAGAUUCUGCUAUUGCUUGUGUUGUUUGAUGGACUUGAUAUGUUAACAUGAAACAUUAUUAAUGUUUAAUAAUAACAAUACAUGAAAUUUUUCAACAUAUUUUGUUAGAAAAAAAUUAUAAAUACAUAUUUGAUGACCUUGCGUGAUUGGCAGAUUUAUUUUUCAAAUAUUGGCCUCUAGUUUAUGGGCAGGCUGAAUCAUUUUUGAUAAAUUGGCAAGGAUAAAUUUCAUAGAAUACAGAUAAAAAACCUUUAUUUUGGAACAAUCUUUUCUUUUCAUUCUUUAAAGCACAAGAUAAUGGUUUUGAUUCUGGCAUGAUUUUCUAAACUUAAUUUAAUGUGAGUCUCCUCUUUUCAUUCUGUGCAAAGAAUAACAAAGACAUAGUGUCCGUGAUGCUAGCGUA